AUGCUGGACCCCCCGCAGCGCCCGCAGCGCCCUUCUCACAUGCUGGGAAAUGUCUCCUGGGAAAUGCUUGUGUACUUGGAAUGUGACUAUUAUCAAGAGCAAGAGACAGAAUCUCAGCCUUUGAAUCUGCAAGUUUUUACAAGUGAAAAAGGAAGCAUGUGCAUGUGUUACUGUAUUGCCCCUGUUAAUCCUGGAGAAGUGACUUAUUCUAUAUUCUUUUUACAUAAAGGUUAUAGUAAAACAUAUUCUGUCGCUUUAGAAAGGAUGGAUUCUUUGCAAGUGAAAGAUCUAGUGUUUUUUAAUCUUGAUUAUUAUGUGGCUGUUUUCUUGCCUGGGCAUUUUCUGCAUCUUGUCAACACUCAGUGUCCUGACCUGAUGUGCUGCAACUUCUUUCUGACAGGUGAAGAUGCAAAAAUUAAUGGAUUGCACAGGAGCACUAUUGUUUCCCCUCUCAAAUCAAUGGUCUUGGAUAUCAGCACAGGAAGAAUAUUUACUCCUGAAAUAAACAAGCAAGCUUUGUUACAGUUCCUGUGGAACAGCAAAUUGGACAGUGACAGAUUAGCUGCACUGCAUUGUCUGCUGCUGCAUAUUGGGAGCACAACAGAGCUGGAAACUGAGAUUAUUAAAUGGAUUUCUGAGAAUGUGUCAACUUGUAUUACGUUCGACCCUAUACAAGAAUUUGUUAUUGCUUCUUUGUACUGGCGAUUGUGUCCAGAGGCCAUCAAUCUGGAUAAACAUUUGCCAUAUACAUCACUGGUGUGCUGGAAUGAGCUCAUUCAUGGAAUAACAUGCACAACUCACAUAAUCUCGUUACCGAUGCUGAAGGUGCAAAAUUGUAAAGGUUUCUGGGAAAAGCUGACUUCAAGCCUGGAAUGUGUGAAUUUUGCCGAACCACAUUUGCGUUUCAACAGCAAGCUGCUUUGGAGGGAGUGGGAAAAACUGCAUUUGGAUGAGAGGACUAAAGGGAAGAGAACCACAAUAUAUAUGACAACUAUAUUCGAAUAUGCAAAAAAGGUGCUUUCUAACUUCAAUACAUGUUACACAGAAGAAAAGCUAGUUCCUCUCCUCCAAGAUGAAGAUUACCAGCAGCAGUUGCUAACAGGACUGAUGGUUGUACAGUUGAAAGAUCAUCUCAUGAGACACCUACAAUAUGUUGGUCAAAAGAGGACUGAAGAGAUAGCUGUGGAUUAUGUUUCAAAACUGCUGGAUCUAAUGUAUCAGAUAAUGGAAAAUGUUUGGAAGAAAUAUAGUCUUGAUUCAUGGAUCUUUUCUCUUAGACAGCAAGGCAGUUCGAAAGAGAUUCAUAUGUUCCACUUCAUGUGUCGGAUGCUGAAGGCUGCAAGCGAGAUGUGUCUACCUCUGCCUCCUGGGUUUCAUACUCUGCAUACAGGCCUGGGAGUACAAUGUCUCCCUUUAUACACACUUCUGCUCUACAUUGAUCAAGGAGUGCUGCAUCUGACAGAAACAUGUGUUUUGAAACUUUUGAAAGAACUGGACAAGACUGAAAAGACUGAAAAACUGAAACUUGGUAUCCUCACAAGGCUUCCCGAGGCAAUUGGUAGCAAGGUUGGUCAGCUGCCUGAUGUUCCUGUUGGCUCCACCACUGUUGUGCGGAACUAUGUUAAACUCUUGUUUGAGAAGCUCAGGAAUAAAUGGCCCAGUAUGUCAUCAGUGGACAGAACAUCAGCCCAUAUUGAGUUUCUUCCUCUCAACUACUUGAUCACAAUAUUGUCAGAAAUGGAUCAUCAAGGAGGGGUUGCUUCUGUGGACCAAGGUACCGUGAAUGUAAGACUUGUUGAAGAGGUGGCCCUGAAGCACACUACGAUGCUCUUGGGCCUGUAGUACUGCUGCUGAAAACUGAAUUGGUUACUUCAAGCAACAUCUUACCUUUGCCACAUGUAUUCACAAGUAUGCAAAUAAAGAGCCUCGAAAUAAUUUUUAAAAAACCCUGCCGCUUGUAGGAAAAGAUAUAUGGAAUUGAAAAAAUCUUGGUAUUCAGCGGUAAUAUUGAAACAUCUGUUGCUUGAAAAGAGUUCACUUUUUGUUUACACUUUUAAUGAAUGGGGUAUAUUGCAGAAAUUGUACAUAUUAGAAAUUGGAGCCCCUAUGGGGUAUUUACAGACAAGUUCUAAACUACAAUCAAUUCUUCUGCUACAAUCUGCAUUUUACAGCAGCUCAUGUAUGCAAAAAAUUGAGAUUGUGUGCUGUCCUGAAAGUGAAUAACCAAGAAUAUAUAUAUGAAAGUGAUAACUACUGGCAGCUGUUGUACAAUGAUGUGUAUACAGAAAGUCCACUUAAGUAACUGUACAGUGAGAGUCCUGCAUUAUAAAUGAAAAAAACCCUCUUUCUAAAUGAGAGCAAUUGUAUAGUUUUGAAUCGAAAUAUUAGUAUCUUCUGGGUUUUGUAACCAGAUAGGGGGUGUUCUAAUAUCUCUCAUCUGUUUUGUAAGGGAGACAAUAAUCUUUGGGAACGCUAUUUGUAACUAUGCCAUUGCAAUAAUCUUCCGCCUUGCUAACCGUGUCUGGAGUCUGGAAGUUGAAAACUUCAAAAUCUUGUUGAUAGCAGUCAAUAAGAGAGGGCGGCACAUGACUAUGUUUUCUCAGUUAACGGGAUUUGAAAAUGUUUAACGUCUUCUGGAUCACACCCACUAUUUCUAGAGUGUAUCAAUGUUAAGAAGAAUUACUGUUUUAAAUCGGCUCUCUACCUUGCCUGCAGAUUAUUUCCCAAUCAGAUUUGCUAGCAUGGAGCUUCCCUAUUUGUUUUCUUAGCUGUGAUCUAUGACAGAGAUUGAAAAAGAUGUGUGCUGGCUUCCAGCAGGGAUACAUUUUUUGUUUCCAACAUGCUGGCAUGCCGUUAAACUGAGGUAAUUGCAACUAGAAAAACUGUCGUACAAGUGUUUGCUUGACCUGUAAACAACAUGUUUGAAAAGAAAUUAAAUCAAGAGCCGCUACCCUGACUUUUGCACACUUGAGUCCCGUUGAUCCAAAUGAGACAGAAGCCCACAAAACAGUACAGGAUUACAGUCACACUCAGUUCUUUCACAUAUUGUGUACUUCUUCCACUAUAUCACCAAAACAAAUGAGAAAUUAUAUGUCACAUGUCUUGGAAUCACAUGGCUUGGAUCUUAUAAAUUGCUACGGUAAAGAAGCUUAUGGAAGAUGUCUUACUUGCCCCCUUUCCCAGCAGCCCUCUGUAACUCUAGAAAAGAAGAUACUGGGAACUAGGGGAACUUUGGGAGAAAAAUGGUACUGUACAUGAAGCACUGCAGUGAGGAGUUAGAACUGCAUGGAGUUGCUACAACCUUCCUCUUUCAGGAGAACAAGAAACUACUAGUGAGUAAAAGAGAGGAGGAGAUGAUUAUUGCAAAUUCUAUAGACCCUGUCACAUUUUGUCCACAAGACUUCCAUGACCCCAGCAUCUGUGUAACAAGGAAAAGGCUAGAAAAAUCGGCAUUUAACUGAUUAACUGGAUCCCCUAAG